AUGUCCACUUUUCCUCUCAGAGACCAUUUGACAGAGGAGUCGCAGCCAGAGAGCCCGGCAGUUUUGCUGUCAAACAAGAUGUACAGCGAGGCUGCUGCCUCGUUUGUGAACCACAAUAACGUGGAAAAGGGGGUAGCGUCUGCCUGCCUCUGUGGAAACGACUCUCUUCUCCUCAAGCUGGGAUCUCAGGCAACCUCGGUUGCGUUACAGGCACAAAAAGUUAUAGAGAAACGACCGCUGGACUCGCAGGACGCCACGAUAAUUGCAGGUGUCCUCGGAAUCGCCCGAACGGAAGCUAUGCGCCAGAUCGCCGAGGCAAACGUCUUUUUGGUCGCGGCAGUGUCCAAGUCGGUUUACCUCAGCACUCUCGACAGAGUGCUCGUCGGCCUGGUUCCGGACAGCAGCAGUCUCGUGGCGUCUCUUGUUCGGUCAGGCCGUCUGCAGGCCCGAAUCGACCAAGUAAACGGAGCCGUGAAGUUUCUCGACAGUGAGCAUGCCGGCUGUGCUACCAGUCGACGCACAAUCUUUGCCCAGGUCGACGAUCUGGCCAAACAACUAAAGCCCUGA